CUCGCGUUAUUUAUUCUACACAAUUGGCUGGGCUACUUACGAGAAACCACGACAGUGCUCGAAUCGAAUUUCCGAAUGGCUGUUCGCUUACAGGAACAGGAUUUGCGAGGGAAAAUAGCUCUGGUAACAGGAGCGACAAAAGGUAUCGGUCGGGCGAUUGUCCUUGAUCUUGCGACACGGGGUGCAUCAAUCCUGGGUACCUAUACGCAUCCUUCGUCGAGCCGCCUCUUCGAUACCCUAACCGAAGAUAUCUUCAACAUUUAUUCCUCCUCUUCAGAGUCGUGUGAAUCCAGCCUCAAGCAUCCCCAAAUCGUUGGCAUAGCUGCGGAUAUUACGUCCCCCAAUAGUCCAUUGGUCAUCCUUGAUGCGUUACGUCAACAUUUCGAUUCCAGAGUCGAUAUCGUAGUGUUCAAUGCGGCGGUCAUGGGGCUUGCGAAGAUGGGCGAAGGUGGCUUGACGGAAGCCUUCAUAGGGCAAGCGUUGAGCGGGAAUAUACAGUUUCCCAUAAUGUUGAUGGAAGGUCUGGUGACGGGAAGUUAUAUAGGAAGAGACGGUCGGGUGGUCGCAAUCAGUAGCGAUGGCGUUAGGUCGAAGAGACCUCCGGGAGGAUCCGUCUAUGGUGCCACCAAAGCCGCGCUAGAAUGCAUUAUGAGGUCUUGGGCCGAUGAACUGGGAACUCGCCCUGGUAUGGAAGGAACAACAUUCAAUUCGGUCAGCGUGGGUUUCACGAAGACGGAAGCCUAUCAUCGAAUACCGCCCGAAAUCCGAGAAAAGAUCACCAAAGCCGAUGCAGCAGAUGUGGCAGUGGGGAAUCGAAUUGGAGAAGUAGAGGACGUCGCAGAUGUGGUAGGGCUUUUGGUCGGCGACAAGGCGAGGUGGAUCAGUGGUAGCGUAGUUGAUGCCUCCGGAGGACGGGUAAAGAUCAUGUAGCCUGAAAGAAUAGGAACAAUCUAAUGCAGGAG